AUUCAUCUACUAGUAUCUUGUGAACUAUGUAGUAGAAUUAUUAUGGCGUGAUGUUUACAUAUUUGUUUUGUAACAAUAUAACCUUUCCUUUGAGACUACUUGGGUGACGAGGAACAGCUGCAAAAUGGUUAGGGUACGGACGAACCAUCCGUCCGACACUUUGUUGGCUGCCAGACCAACAACAACCUCUAGUCUCCUAGCAACGGGCCUAGCGUUCCUCAUCAUGGGCCUAAUCAUCAGCAUCAUUGCCUUGUCAACCCCAUACUGGCAACAAGCGGAGGUACAUGGAAAUAUGGUGUAUAACAUGGGACUAUGGGAGUUCUGUAUUUCUGGCAGUAGAUGUGUAUGGGUGUUUAAUGACAAUCAUCUUAUUCAGUCUUAUUUCCAAGUUUGGUAUAGAGCUUUCCAGGGUCUAUACACCUCGGCUGUCAUCGUUGCCCUAGCAACUACAAUCACAGCUGCCAUUACUCUUUGCCCAAUUUACAACACUAAGAUUAUAAAAAUUGUAGUUGCAUCUUUAUCAAUGUUCUCGUUUUUACUUAUCGUGUCUGCAGUUACGAUAUUCAUGACCAAGUUCUCUUAUGCCUUUCAUUCCGAUCAGGAGUCCUCUCCAGUGAAAAUGUCUUGGUCCUUCUAUUUAGCAUUAUCCGGGUCUUUCUUCCUGUUAAUACCCGGAUUUAUGUUCCUAUGCGCCACACCAACAGAUUUCUGCCAGACAAACACAAAGGACGAUAAACGACUAUUGGCAGAUGACAAAAGUAUUUAAUUCAUCGUAUGUCGAUGCAAAAGGAGUCUGGGAGAAAAGUAUGUAAACGUGCAGUGAAAAAUGAACAGUUGAAUUUGUAUUCAAACACUGUCCAGACAUUAACAAAAACUGCAUGUAUUGCAAAAAUGGAAAUGUUAUUUCUGACUGUAGCCAUGACUCAUAAUAAAAUUAUAAAUUGUACAAUUCUCAUACCAUGAAGAAAAAAAAUCAUUUGUAAAACAUAUAAGAUAUAAUAUUGCUUCUUUAUGAUUGCACGGCCAGUACGAUAGAUCACACAAGUUGAUAAAGCUAGACUGUUCCGAUCCGGCUUGACUGAAUUGUUCCAGAUGCACUUUUUCAUACCAGACGUCGUAGCAUACAGUACUUUGACAUACAAAAUGUCAUCACCUAAAAUUUGAUACAGACGCCGACCGAAGAACACCGAACAUCAACCGGUGAACACCGUCCAAAAAAGGUUUGAAACUAUAACACUUUUAGUGGUGACCUGAAAAGUGUUAUCACCAAGUGUGUCCAAAUUGUUUUACUAGUCAUCAAAAAUACAC